ACAUCAGCCCAACGACUCCGCCAACCGCGCGCGACCGCCGCGAGGAGCCGAGGCAGCGGGCAGGCCGCACCCCUUUUCUGUCCCGAGCCUGAGGAGGCGAGGUCGGAGCGGGCGCCAUGCUGAGUCUCCGGCGGCUUCUGCUGAAGGGCCAUUCCGGGUUCCGGUUACAACACACAGCUCCAGUAGCUGUGAAGAAUGAACCAAUACUCGAUUUCAAACGAGGAAGCUCAGAACGACAAGCUCUGGAGAAGGCCCUGAAUGACCUGAAAGGACAGACACUUGAGGUCCCCUGUGUGGUUGGUGGAGAACCUGUCUGGACCAACGAAAUACGAUACCAGCUAUGUCCAUUUAAUCAUUCACACAAAGUGGCCAAAUUCUGCUAUGCUGAUAAGGAUUUGAUCAAUAAAGCGAUUAAUGUAGCACUAUCUGCCCAUAGAGAAUGGGAUCUCAAACCUGUUGAGGAUCGAGCACAAAUAUUCUUUAAAGCUGCUGACUUGAUUAGUGGGUCGAGACGUGCAGAGCUUUUGGCCAGAACCAUGAUUGGACAGGGUAAAACAAUAAUUCAAGCAGAGAUUGAUGCAGCUGCAGAACUAAUAGACUUCUUCCGAUUCAAUGCUAAACAUGCUGUGGAACUUCAAUAUCAACAGCCAAUCAGUGAACCACCAAGCACCAACACUACACUGUACCGAAGUCUGGAGGGCUUUGUUGCAGCUAUUUCUCCAUUCAACUUCACUGCAAUAGGUGGAAACCUGGCAGGAGCUCCAGCACUUAUGGGUAAUGUGGUUGUCUGGAAACCCAGUGAUACAGCUAUGGCUGCGAGUCACACUGUGUACGAAAUACUUCUUGAAGCUGGACUGCCACCAAAUGUCAUCCAGUUUGUUCCAAGUGAUGGGCCGCUGUUUGGAGAAACUGUUACAGAAUCUGAGCACUUGGCAGGAAUCAACUUCACCGGCAGUGUCCCAACAUUUAGACAACUUUGGAAGCAGGUGGCUGAGAAACUGGACAAAUACCGUACAUUUCCUCGCCUGUCUGGAGAAUGUGGUGGUAAGAACUUUCACUUUGUGCAUAAAUCGGCUGAUAUUGGCAGUGUGGUAAAUGGUACUAUUCGUUCUGCCUUUGAGUAUGGAGGGCAAAAAUGUUCAGCCUGUUCAAGGAUGUAUGUGCCUGAUUCAUUGUGGCCUGAAAUUAAAAAGAACCUCCUGGAGGAGCAGAAGAAAAUUAAAUUGGGAAAUCCAGUGGAUGACUUUGAAACAUUCUUUUCAGCAGUUAUUGAUAACAAGUCCUUUGCUCGGGUAAAGAAAUGGAUUGAACAUGCACAGUCCUCCCCGAAUCUAACAAUAAUUGCAGGUGGGAAGUGUGAGGACAAGAUUGGUUAUUAUGUGGAGCCAACUGUUAUAGAGACAAAGGAUCCUCAGGAUCCCAUCAUGAAAGAGGAAAUCUUUGGACCAAUCAUUACAGUUUAUGUUUACCCUGAAAACAAGUAUCAAGAAAUUCUCCACUUGAUUGAUACAAGCACCCCUUUUGGUCUCACUGGUGCUGUCUUUGCACAGGAUAAAAAUGUUAUAGCUGAAGCAUAUAAAGUUCUACGUCAUUCUGCUGGAAACUUUUACAUCAAUGACAAAUCAACUGGUUCGGUUGUGGGACAGCAACCAUUUGGAGGAGCUCGUAUCUCUGGAACUAAUGACAAGGCCGGAGGUCCCCACUACAUUCUUCGUUGGACAUCACCACAAUCUGUAAAGGAGACACAUGUUCCCUUGACCAAAUGGAGAUACCCUUAUAUGGAAUAGAUACAUAAAAAGCAGCACUAAUGUGCUGCAAUGAAUAUUUUUACUAUUUAACACUGAAAGGUGUUUUAGUAAAAACCUACAACUGUUGAGCCAUUAUCUGAAAUUUAUGUCCAGCCGUGCAUUUGGGAAAUGCUUUUUCCAUCCACUGUCAUUUCUGAGUGGCAUAAAAGAUUAAAUUCUCAAAAGUCUGCCUCAAUACAGGUCAAAGUCAAUGGUAGGGUUUUUUUAAAUAAAAGACUGGAGACCAAGUGAGGACAUAUUUUAGUAAUUGUACGUGCAACUUUAAUAAGAUUUUGUGCAUUUUUUUCAGAGUAUGGUUAAACAAUCUAAUUCACAGCAUUGACACAGCAGUAUUUUAUUUCACUGAAAAUUAAAUCUCUGAUUGUAAUGCUCUGACAAAAGGUAUUGAUGCUUACUAAUGAUUUCCAACAUCCUCAGAAUUUUGCUGUUGUAUGAAUUCUUAAGUUUGCUUUUUAAUCUUAUCUCUACUGUAUAACUGUGACAAAUCACAAGCUGCAAAAAGUUAUUAAUGUAAAUCUGAAUUUGAAUUGCACUAUAGGAAGCACUAAACUUGCAAUAAUUGUAAGCAUCUAGUGAAUCACCAGAAAUAUUAAAAUAGUGGUAAAACACUGGAGAGUAGCACUGAAGAAAAAUCAGGAAUUUACUGACUUCAGAAUGUUCAUCAGUUCUUUUUUCUGUGGUGAAUUGUUUUCAAUUACACAUUUUUCCUUUUUUUUUUAGAUCUGUGUAAUUUGGUCUCUCUAUCUGUCUUUAUUUAAAUUUAUUUGAUUGUUUUAUGCUGUAACCAGACCAUUGAUCUCUGGGAUCUCCAAGUACGAACAAUAUGUGAGAAUGAUUUUAGAAUUGGUUUAACUUAUUGUGGGGUUCUGUGCUGUCUCUUGUUAGCAAUAAUUAAAGGCUCUGCUGAAAACUAAACUGCAGAAAAAUUAGCCCAUUUGUAAUAUGGCCAAAUGGUGAUUCAAAAUAUAAGUGCUAGACACAAACAUUCAACAAUGGAGAAUAUCAGUUUGCAAGAACAUGGAGCACUUGCUGUUUUCGUGAAAGAAUGUGAAAAUGAUUACUGCAAAUUAGUAGCUGAUCAACUGAGAUUUAAAAAAAAAAUAAAGAUUACAUGAAUUGCAAA